CAGAACUAGCAACAAAUAUCGAAUCACGAAACUUCUCAUCAACUAAUCUGAAUCUAAUUCAAUAGCGAACCGCAAAUAUGGUGUGUUUAUGAAUAUGCUAGACUAAAGAUCUUCAUUAUGCUAAUAAAGCCUAGGGAAUUGAACUACCAGCAUAUAUUCUUGGCGCACUCACUGCGGGUGGUGGGACGAUGGGUUAUGUCAGGACUGGAAGUAUUCCAUCUGUCGUCGCGGGUCUCACUGUUGGAUCCUUGUACCUCAUUGGCGGUUAUCGUAUCCAGAACCGCCAAUCUUAUGGUGUUGAGUAUGUCUUUUGAUCCGCCUUCUAUACCUCAUCAUCUCUGCCUUGCUCCGAAGCUUAUAUUGCUUUCUACAGACUCGCUCUACUCGCAUCCAUCGUUCUCGCAGGCUCUUCUAUCCCAAGAGCAAUUCGCACCCAAAAGCCCUUGCCGGCUGGAUUGAGUCUUCUCGCCAUAUACGGACUCUUCACCUUUGGCAAUGCAUUCAGAGCGCAAAAGUAACAAUGGAUCUAAUUGGGGGUGCACCAAAAUUGGUCGAAUGUGGGUUGAUAUAUUAAGUGGAAUAAAAAGAAUCUUUCCAAGCUUCACUAUAGAUCCA